AUGUACGAGUCGAAAACAGAGAAGGUAGAUAAUGUUGUCAUUAUGUACUUCGAAUUGAGACCAAGGUGCCAAUCCACAUCGGUCUUAGUCAGUAAUCAACAGUCAAUUUUUUCCCUCCCUGCACCGCGGCCGUUACUAUCGACACCUCCGCCACAGCCUUCAGCCCUCACCAACCACCGUGGACUUGGCUUAGAUAAAAAAGUCCGAAAUACACAUUCUCUCUUAUACUUAAUAUGGAGACUCCGAAGUCCGAACGGGUAUUUGGCAUACAAACAGUACUCCUCCUUUGCUUCUUCCCAGAGAGAAGUCACUUACAGCUGUGGUACUUGUGGAUAUGAUCUAAACCUGAGCUCGUCCAGAAGGAAUGCGUCAACUAUUGGUUCCAAAUAUUCUAAAUCCGUAAGGAAGGGGAUAAUUACAUUUUUCUCCGUAGAUCAUAACAAAUUCAAUGAGGUUGAAGAGUUCGGUUGCGUACCCUACUUCAUUUCCAAGCACUCUUGGGGUUUAUUCAGACGGAAAACCAAACUUUUGUGCCCCAAAUGUGGUAACCAUAUUGGUAAUGCUUAUUCUUAUCCUCUUAUACCAAAAAGUACGAGUUCACCCUCUGGCAGUGAAAUCUUCAAUCCGAGAAAAUAUGAUAUCAGAAUUCGUUCUUUGCAACCUUCUGCAGAAUUGGGUACUCCAUCUGUCUUGUGA